GACUGGAACAGUCACCAGUUCUGCUAACAGUUCACAAAAAAGUGGAGUGCAGAAUUCAUGUGCUCAGGGAAACAAGUAAUGACAAAGAGCAGGAAAAUGUGAUGGUGUGAAAGUUCAGAAAGUGCUGGGAAAUUUCAUCAGAGGAUUUGUAAAGCUGAGGAGGAAGUAAGGGAACUACAUAAAAGAUAACCACACCAAGCUACUGGCCACAGAAUCCUCGACCACUAUUGGAGCAGAAAAUGGACCUGCCGCUGACCCUUCGUGUGUUCCUACUUCUUUCUUCCCUAAACAUUGCUGUGUGGACGUGUCCAGAUGGAUGCCAAUGUCAAGGAACCAAGAUCCUCUGCCGUGGCCUCUCGAACUUCCCCACGGCUUUGCCCUCGUUCACCACUGUCCUUUCUGUCUCCAACAGCAGUAUCUACCUUUUGAAACCAGAGGACCUGAAUGAUUUCUCUAAUGCCCUUGCCCUCUUCCUAAUUGAGAACAGUAUUUUACAGGAAGUGCACCCUGGCACAUUUGAUGCGGCUCCGAAUAUAGUUUCAAUAGGUUUUACUGGCACAGCAUUGCAGGAUCUCCCUGAGACCUUGUUCAAUAAUCAAAAGAAGCUUGAGAUUUUGUCUCUGAAGAGCAACGAGCUCAUGGUACUUCGACCUAACUGGUUUUCUCCACUGACACAUCUGAGGGGUCUUGACCUUAGUAAGAAUAAAAUCAGUUCUGUACCUGAGGGAACAUUCAAGGGUCUUUCUGACCUUCAGCUGUUGCGGCUUAGUAAAAACUCACUACAAGAACUCCCCAUUGGUAGUCUGGAUGACCUCAUAAACCUUGUAGAACUAUCCCUAAAUGACAAUCAAAUCACUCAUCUCAAUCCUGACCUGUUCUCCAAUACUCCAAAGCUCAGGAAGCUGUAUGUCUCUAACAACAGGCUUACAUCCCUUCCACAAGGGAUCUUCUUAAACCUUCCCCAACUUUUACAGAUCUCACUGUAUGAAAACCAACUGGAAAGUUUGGGUCCAGGAGUGUUUGGUCCCAUGCCCUUGCAGGAGCUGUGGCUGUAUGACAACAAGCUCCGCCGUGUUGAGGAUGACACGUUCAGAAAUCUGACUCAGUUGCGUCUGCUGGUGCUCAGUCGCAACCAGAUCCGCCAUGUUUCCACAGGGGCCUUCGGAGGGUUGGGGCAGCUGGGAGAGGUUUCGCUUCACACCAACCUACUGACGACUCUGCAAGCUGGAACUUUCCAAGGUCUGCCCAGCCUGGUCAACAUUUCCCUGGAGCAUAACAUCAUUAGCUCACUCCCCAGAGGUUUUCUACAGGGUCUAAGCCACCUUGGACAGAUAGACUUGCGAAACAAUUCCUUGCGCAACCUGCCAGAGGAAAGUUUAGAUGAACUCAUUGUGACAAAGGAAGUGCUCUUAGAGCAGAAUCCCUGGAGGUGUGACAAGGAUAUUCUGCCUCUGAGGGAUUGGCUGAAACAUCACCCAUCUAAGGUCAAUCAAACCCUAGUGGUAUGUGAGACACCUUUUAAUCGGACUGGUGAGAUGAUUUCACUGCUGACAAAUGAGGACCUGAUGCUUCUCAGCUCUACCAAGGAGCCUGUGUUUACCACAACAGAUCAGCACUUACCCACACCCACCAGCAGUGGACAAGAGGAACAGGAAACUUCCACUUUGAUUAUCCUCAUCAGCAUUGCAAUAGUGGCCACAGUCAUCAUCACAAUGGUCAUCACCAGCUGUCUGUGCUGGAGGAAGAAAAGGAGAGGCAGGGGAAAUAUAGGCGACAGGAAUAGGAACUCUGUGCUGUAGACUAAACCACAUAACUUUUGAAGGCAAUUAAAUUACUCACUAAUGACUGUGGUUUUCUUGGAAAAUAUGGACCGUAGGCAUAGAAAGAACCAUUAACGCUCGUUCCUCAUCACCUUGAACAACAAAGGAAACAGAUUUGCAUUCAGCCUUCUGCUUUUUUUUAAACCAGUCAUUAGUGUGUGCUGUAAUAAGAAAAAUGACAUCUUACACACUGUACAGUUUGUAAAAAUGACCACCUUGCUGUUUUGUGGAAAGCUGGGACCUUGUGUUGAAUGUAAACACUCGAUUGCUCUGCAGCAGUGUAAUUUCUAUAGUAAAAUUUAGACUGACCAUGGCA